CGACUGUAAUUAGUCACCUCACAGAGGAAAAAUGAAUAUAUUGAAUAAAUUAAGUUGAUCUAAUAGUUGGAAUUUGUUUUGAUUAAAUAGUUGAAUAAGUUUACAAUUAAUUUAUUUAUUCUCACCUCAGUUAUGUUUACUAAGAAGAAGAAACGUCCAACCAUUUCUGCUCCAACAAAUUUUGAGCAUCGUGUUCACACUGGAUUUGACCGACGGGAAGGUAAAUUUGUCGGUUUACCUCCUCAAUGGACAAGCCUUAUUCAAGGUGCUCCCACAAAUACCAUUACUAAUAAUAUAUCAGCUUCUUCUAAUGUUACUCCGACCAUUGUUCGACCAAAAUCAUCUCCCAAUCAUUUGAAUAACCAUCAUCAACAUCUCCAACAGUUAUCACAACAAUUGUCACAACAACAACAACAACAACAACAGCUUAGAGAACCACAGCAACCACUUCUUAUGCUUCAACAACAUAUUCACCAGCAGCAACAACAAGAGUUACUACAACGCCAACAACAGCAAUUACAUCAACAACAACAAAUUCAACAAUUGCAACAAUUGCAACAACUUCAGCAGCAGCAACAACAACAGCAACAACAACAACAACAACAGCAACAGCAACAACAGCUUCAACAGCAGCAGCAACAACAACAGCAACAACAAAUCCAACAGCAAAACUUAUUACAACAAUCAAUGCAAAUGCAACAAGUCCAAAUGUCGCAACAACAACUUCAACUUCAACUACAACAACAACAGAUUCCUAUACAACAACAACAACCAUUGCAAAUACAACCAGUUCAAAUUUCUCAACAAAUGCCUAUGAUUAAUCAAAUUCCAAUGCAACAACCAAUGCAGAUGCAACAAGUUCAAUUGUCACCUCAACAGAAAGACAAUAAUCGAGAAUAUCAACAAAGACUUUCAAGGGAACAAUUUAGAGCGGCUCUUCAAAUGGUAGUUAGUCCAGGUGAUCCCAGAGAGAAUCUUGAGAAUUUUGUUCUAAUUGGUACUGGAUCCACAGGUCAGGUUUGCAUCGCCACCCAAAAGACAACCGGUAAAUUGGUGGCUGUCAAAAAAAUGGACCUUCGAAAGCAACAGCGUCGCGAGUUAUUAUUCAAUGAGGUUGUCAUCAUGAGAGAUUAUCACCAUCCGAAUAUCGUUGAAAUGUACGAUUCGUAUCUCGUCAAUGAAGAGCUAUGGGUUAUCAUGGAGUUUCUUGAAGGUGGAGCUCUUACUGAUAUUGUUACACAAUCCAGAAUGGAUGAAGAUCAAAUUGCCACCGUUUGUAUUCAGUGUCUUAAAGCUUUGGCCUUUUUACAUUCCCAAGGAGUUAUUCAUCGUGAUAUCAAAAGUGAUUCCAUAUUAUUAGCUGCUGAUGGAAGGAUUAAACUUUCUGAUUUUGGUUUUUGUGCUCAAGUUUCACCCGAAGUUCCUAAACGUAAAUCUCUUGUGGGAACACCUUAUUGGAUGGCACCAGAGGUUAUCUCUCGUCAGCCUUAUGGAACCGAAGUUGAUAUUUGGUCACUUGGAAUAAUGGUCAUUGAAAUGGUCGAUGGUGAACCACCGUUGUUCGAUGAGCCUCCUUUGCCAGCAAUGAGACGUAUUCGUGAUAUGGAACCACCCAAAUUGAAAAACGCCCAUAAAGUAUCACCACAAUUACAAGAUUUCCUUGAGAAAAUGUUGAUCCGAGAUCCUGGUCAACGUGCCACUGCCGAGGAGCUAUUGCAACACCAAUUCUUACGACAAGCGGGACCACCUUCAUUAUUAGUGCCUUUAAUGAGAUCAUUUCGAUUGAGUCCUUGUUGCGUCAGAGAGGGUUAACUAAGUUCCCCUCCAUAUAUGCUGACCAUCGCCUUUGUCAAUCGUCAAAAAUUUUCUCUGUUUUCUUUUUUCUUGUCCAUUUGUUUUAAUUCCGUCCAAUUCGUGCAUUUCUUUUCUCCCUCUUUGCCUCCAUUCUUAAUAUACUUAAACUCUAAUCUCACAUUCCAUGAAUCUAAAGCAUCAUCCACAACAAUUAACAUUUAUCACCUCAACUAAGUGCAUAUUAACUUAAAUGGUUAACAAUUAAGUGCCUUUAUUGCCUUAUAUCAAACAAAACAACAUUUCCAGUUAAAUUACUUGUAUUAACCUUUACACUUUGAUACUAAUGAUUGUCAAUAACUUUAAAGUGAGAUACAUAAUUGAAAGUGCAUCACAAUCAAAUCAACUUACAAGUAUUACAAUCAAUCUCAAAAAUAACCUCUAAUUAACUCACUAACACCUUGAAAUUAAUGUAUAAAAAAACAUGAUUAACUUACAACAACAAUUAGCUUUCAACUUUGGGCAAAGGACAAAGUAAAAGUUUCGAGGAAAUAAUUUUGUGUUUUUGAAAACCAGAACUUGAUCUGAAUCGAUCGAUAUUUAAACUCGAACCUCGAAAGCAAUUUGGUUCAUUUAUUUAUCGAUUACAACCUUAAACAUAAUCUACUAAAUUAAUUUUGUCCUCUCUCUCUCUUUCUCAAUAAUUAACCACAAUUCAUCAAUAUGGAUUUAAUUGUAAUAAUUGACAAUAUCUUCCAAUGGAUCGACAGUUACAAUUAUUACCAUGAACAUUUCCAAAACUGAAUUAAUUUAACAAUUGUAACUUCUUUAAUUGAUCAUAAUUAUUGUGUUAAUUACUUAAAACAAAUAAUAGAUUAUUUAUAUAAAUCGAAAACUUAUCAAGAUCAAUUAACAUCGAAUUGCUUAUUAACCCAAAUCGAUGGAAAACAAUUAAACACAACAAUCGUUACUUUCUCUGAGAAUAUUUUCAAAA